UCAAAUUCCAGGACGUGGCUAGGAACAGAAACGCCAUGGCAUUGUGGCAUCGGUGCUUGCAGUUUUCGUUUUUCUUGGCGGAAAGCUUUGCAGCCAACCAUCCUUUGAUCAUCGUUCCAGGCUUGACAGGAAGCGGUCUGGAGGUCAAGGAACAUGAUGCGCCUAUGCCUCAUUCCUUUUGCAAGACGGGCACAAGAGGCAAGUGGAUGAAGGUUUGGGUGAGCCCUGUGCAGGUCUUGCCCGAAGAAAUUGACUGCCUCUUGUCCCGGUUGACGUUGACAUACGACCCCGCAUCCGAUACAUAUUCGAACUUGCAAAAUGUUGAGCUGCGAGCAUUGGGUUGGGCGAAUGGCACUGCUGAAGACGAAUCACAUAUGGACAUUCUCUACGAAUACCAGUUUCGAUCAAUGCUGAAGAAACUUGGGGAGACACAGGGGUACAAAUUGGGCAAGGAUGUAUUCAUUGCGCCUUACGACUGGCGCUUAGCUGGUGAUGCUCACUCCAAGCGCCAGAACGGAGUUGGAGGCUACUACCCCCAGCUCCAGCUGCUGAUUGAGGAAACCGUAAAGGCGACCGGCCGGCAAGCUGUGGUGCUCUCCCACUCAUUGGGAUGCCCCACCAUCCUGUACUUCUUCCACAAGUUCGUGUCAGAGGAAUGGAAGGCGCAGCACAUUCACGGCUGGGUUGCCUUGUCAUCACCUUGGAUGGGAGGGGCCAACCUUGUGGAGUCCUACUUGGGAGGAUGGACGCUCGGUUUGCCCUCUUGGCUCAUUCCACAUGACUAUGUCAGGCCAGUUCAAGUGAAUGCCAGCAGUGGUGUGAUGAUCAGUCCCCAUCCCAAAGCCUUUGGCAGCAUGCCCAUUGUGCAGACCCCUUCCCGCAACUACACAGCUGCAGAUGUCCCAGAGCUGGUACGAAUCAUUGGCAAAUCCACCUGGGGAAAUCAGACAGGAGCUUUGUUCGACAAGUUGCAGGGACCCUAUGCGGAGCUUCAGAGCACACCUUCCAAGAUCCAGCUCCACAACUGGUACUCAAAGGGUAUCAAGACUGGUGAAGCCUUCAUUUUCGAUUCCGAUCUUCACGACGGCUUUGACAAGGCGGCUUCCAAGACGGUCUGGGGUGAUGGCGAUGGCUUGGUGAAUCUUCUCUCCUUGAAGCAGGUGGAGGAAGUCUGGCCCAAGGACCCACAAACUUCGACCAAGGUCUUUCCCAAUUGCACCCAUUUCGGCAUGCUCUCGGAUCCGCGCGUCUUGACGGCCCUUGCAGAGUAUUUGGCCAGAGAUGAUAGGGCCGAUACGGAUGGAUCACAGAAUGUGACCCUCUUGGUGUAAGAUUGGCCGACGGUUUCCUGAUUCUUCCCAUUUUCCUGGUCUAGCCAUUUGCUGUUGAAUUUCUCGUUUGAUGUGUGAACGUACCGUAGAAUCACGUUUCAGACUUUUCACAGAUCAUGCGAUCAUACCAUACCAUAUCUCGAGACCCCGGGGAAGCACAGAGCCAAGGUUUCACCUUGUUAUCGACUAGUUGGUGGUUUCAACUUUGCUCAUUGCGGAACUCUGUUUCUUAUUUUUGGUUGUCUUUCUUGUUUGAUUCCUUAGGGGGAAUUGAAACCACCCACCACCAGCGACAUUUUGCAGCUUGUCCACAGGUCGGCACAAUCCAAGGGGGUUGCUUGCAGAGAUCUGCGCCCUUUGUUGAGGGAUGGAUUCAAAA